AUGCAGACUAAGCUCCUGAUAUUGCUCAUCUCCGGGUAUGCCCUUCGAGAAGCACAUGCAAGAUGCUACAUUUUUCAGCCCGGAGAUCCGGUCCAGGAUACGGACGAGAAGAUAUACCUCCGACAGCCACUCAACGUCACCGGUGCUCUUGACAUUUAUGUGCCAACUACUGCGCAAUCUGUGUCGACCGCGAAGGAUCAGCUUUCGCUCGUACUUCCUCCAGAUGACAGCCAGGCAGUUUUGACAACCACGUCGCAACCUAUUUCUACAGAAGAAAGUCCUAUUGUCGAAACCAGCUAUGGACCUGUGCAGGGUAUGAGAGUUUACGCCGAAAAUCGGAGCCUUCAUGCUUUCCUCGGAAUCCCGUUCGCAGAGCCUCCUGUCGGCGAACUUAGAUUCCGGAAGCCAAUUCCUGUUAAACCGUGGAGGAGUGUCUAUCAUGCAACAAAGAAACCGUUUCCUUGCCUGCAGACUGACUUCUACAUUAACAACAAUGUUACGGUCGCAACAGCCAAUUCCACGGAGGACUGCCUCUACCUUAACGUGUGGACACCAGCAAGAGAAUGCGUACUUGGAAAGUCGUCUUGCGUGCUUAAAACCACCAUUGUUUAUAUCCACGGGGGCACAUUCAGCUUUGGGAGUAGUGGCUGGGACUGGUACGACGGAAAAGAGUUCACAUCCCGAGGAGAUGUGGUCAUGGUCAGCAUGAACUACAGAGUUGGACCUCUAGGCUUUCUAAACAGCGGAACAUCACAUUCUUCCGGCAAUGCUGGACUGCACGACCAGUUGCUAGCCAUGAAGUGGGUAAAAGAAAACAUCCGCAACUUUGGCGGCAAUCCGGACGACAUCACUCUGCUCGGUCAAAGUGCUGGAGCGAUUUCGAUUGGGCUGCACCUGAUUUCUCCAAUGAGCAAAGGCCUCUUCAAGCGGGUCAUUAUGGAAAGCGGCAGCCCGUACUUUCGCAUUGCCGAUAACACCAAAGAAGGGCCACAUAAGGUAGAAAAGCUUGCCCGUGCUUUGUCGUGUGCUGCGAAUGACAUGACUAUUGAAUCCCACAUGCCCGAAAUGGUUAACUGUCUGCGGAAGGUUGAUGGCAAGGAACUGCUCAUUAUGGCUAACACGCUGUUCGGCGUGCACGCGCUGACAUUCUUUCCGAUUUACGGCGACGACAUUAUACCUGACGACCCGUACAAGAUGAUGGAACAGAAAAAGUUUCACAAAGCGGACUUACUGAUUGGCACAAACCAAGACGAAGGUAGCUACUUUGUGUUCUUUUUGUUCGGAAGAGUACUGACGUUGGACAUGCCUCACAAGAUCACAAAGUACGAAGUUGACCUGUACGUGACGUACUGUCUUCAGAUGCUUCUACGGAGAAAUGUAUCCCCCAUUCGGAACUACUAUCUCGGGCAUCUCAGCGAGAAGGAAAACCUAAAGGCGCUCCAGAAGGCCGCUGAGGCCGUCGGCGAUUAUGCGAUCGUCUGUCCCACGAAAUACUUUGCGGAGACGUUCUCCUCAAUGAGCAACAAGGUGCACUAUUAUCAGUUCACACAUCGACCAACGUUCAGCACGUGGCCUGGUUGGGUAGGACCGACCCAUGGGGAUGAAGUGGCGUUCGUGUUCGGCCAACCGUUCAGCAGUCCUACGAUCGCCACUGAUCAGGAAAGGGAUCUUUCGAAACUGAUGAUGGAAACGUGGACAACUUUCGCAAAAACUGGGAAAGUACCUGAUGUUGCUGGGAAACCGUGGCCCGAGUACAGCGCCAAGAAUCAGGUGUUCAUGGAACUCAAUCCGAAACGGUACACUUAUGGACGUGGACCAAACGAAAAGAACUGCAACUUCUGGAAAACCUACCUGAAGCCGUGA